AGAAUUCGGUAGAGAGGAAAGAAGGUUUCACAACACUUUCUCAUUCAUAAUUAGUAUUGAGCAAAAGCUCAAUAGUUAGAACAUGAAUUUCCAAGGACAAUUGAAGCCUGUCAUCACCAUGGUGGCUGUUAACUUUGGAUUUGCUGCUGUGAAUGUACUUCUUAAGAAGAUUCUUGAUCAAGGAACCAACCAUUUGGUUAUUGUUGCAUACCGACAGUUAAUUUCAGCUAUUUUUUUGGCACCCAUUGCCUACUUUGUGGAAAGGGAAAUUAGACCCAAGCUUACUUUACAGAUCUUAUGUCAGCUGUUUUUCAGCGCUCUAGUCGGGGUAACACUAGCACAGUACUUCCUUCUUCUCGGACUUAAAUACACAUCUGCUACUUUCUCGUGUGCAUUCAUCAACAUGGUUCCCGUUAUCACAUUCUUAUUGGCGUUACCAUUUGGAUUAGAGAAAGUGAACCUGAAAAGCUUGGCUGGGGGCUGUAAGGUGUUCGGCACACUUGUUUGCUUUGGUGGAGUUAUAUUAUUGAUCCUUUACAAAGGAAAGCCAUUAAUAAACCAACAUCAUCUAACAAAACAUGGCGACAUGACGUUCUCGACAAGUAAGACAGAGAGUUGGGCCAUUGGUACAAUAUUUUUGAUAGCAGGAUGCAUUGUGUGGUCUUCAUGGUUCCUUAUGCAAGCAAGAAUUGGUAAGAGAUAUCCAUGUCAAUAUUCUAGCACUGCUAUUUUGUCCUCCUUCGGUGCCAUUCAGUCUGCCAUCUUGUGUUUGAUUAUGGAGAAGAAUCUUUCUGGGUGGAUUCUGCAAGGAAAAUUGGAGAUAGCAAGUAUCAUAUAUGCUGGCGUGGUGGGAUCAGGCUUGUGCUAUGUGGGGAUGUCUUGGUCUGUUAAACAAAGAGGUCCUGUAUUCACAUCUGCAUUUACUCCUCUCAUACAGAUAUUUGUAGCCAUAUUUGAUUUCUCUAUUCUACAUGGGCCGCUUCAUCUUGGAAGUGUUGUAGGAUCUAUCCUACUUAUAAUGGGUCUCUACAUUCUCCUAUGGGGUAAAAGCAAGGAGAUAGAGGUAUGUCAGACUCAGACCAAGCAAGCUCAAGUUGGUCAGCUGCAAGAUGAACAGUCUACUGCAGUUUCGCAUAUCAUUCCAGUCACUAGUGAUUCAACAGUUCCUUGACCAUUCAUGCUUACAAACACCAACGGCGUUCCCUUCCCAAAUCGUUUGGUGGGUUGUAACACCAUUAAUAGGAGCCUAGUUGGUAUAAUUGUGUUAGUGUACUGUAAUGGAGAUCUGCAUUCUUAUAA